AUGGCAUCAUUCAAUGAGACUGACAAUAAAAAUCCCGGAUUCGUCCUUAAUGGAUUUCCUGGAAUUCAAGACUGGAAGAGCUGGCUUUCUGUACUCUUUGCACUCCUAUUUAUAUUGACAUUCUUUGGUAACUUAACUAUUCUCUGCAUUGUAGCAACAGAAGAGCGUUUGCAUGAACCAAUGCACUAUUUCAUUUCUAUAUUAGCAGCAAUUGACCUUGUUCCGGGUAUUGCUCUUUUGCCUAAGUUGUUAGUAAUACUAUGGUUUGAUAUGAAACAAAUACAGUUUGAUGAGUGCUUUAUGCAGAUGUUCAUCAUCAGCUUUUCAUUAGCAAUGGAAUCAUCACUGUUAGUAUUAAUGGCAUAUGAUCGAUAUAUAGCUGUUUGUAAGCCUUUAACUUACUCAUCUAUUGUAACAGAUGUGUUUAUGUUAAAAAACAGCAUCUUUAUUGUCAUUAGAAGUUUUUUUUGCAUAUUACCAGCCCCUAUACUUGCAAGAGCACUGCCAUACUGUGGUGAAAUGACUGUUCAAAAUGCAUACUGCGAAUACUUUGCUGUUACCAGUGUUGCCUGUACUCAUACUGCUAUAGGAAAUAUAUACCUCUUUAUUUUAAUGGCAUUAGUACCUAUACCUGAUGCAGCUAUGAUUGGACUGUCAUAUUAUAUGAUUGUUAGAGCUAUUUUAAAGCUGAAAUCAAGAGAAGGCCGUCAAAAGGCAUUCAGCACCUGCAGCUCUCAUGUAUUAGUGAUUGCAUCAUUUUAUGUUAUGGGAGCCAUGUCAUUUUUAGUAUCUCUUUUGGAAAGCAAAAUGCCACCAUUUACCCGUGCAUUGUUUUCAGUCCUAUAUAUUACUAUACCUUCCACUUUGAAUCCAGUGAUAUAUGGUAUAAAAACAAAAGAGAUCCGUGUAGCAGUAAUAAAUCAGUUCAGAAAAAGCAAGUUGUAUCAAUAUGUGAUGGCAAAUACAGUAACUAAAAAAAUAUUAGUUCAAGAAAAUGGCAAUAAGUUUCACAUGUGA